AACUUCAUCUCAUCAAUGGCGAUGCCUCCUGCUCACUCAGCAAACGAAAAUUCACAGAUCUUACAAAGAUUCAUCUAUAGUUUAUAUGUAGGUUAUUGGAUGCUUGUAAAAUCAAGACAUUCACAUUUUCAUAAAUUUCCACCAAAAUUAUUAGUUCAUUUCAUGCACCUAUGCAUCAAUCUAUGACUACGAGACAUCAUUCUACUCCGAAUUCUGAAUUCCAGGAGCGUUUUCUUGAGGAAACACCCGCAUUUCAGUUCAAUGACCGUGAAUACUAUUGCCUGAAACAACAGCGUAACAAACGCCUAUAUCUUCGGAGACCUAGGGCGCUAAUCCACCUCUCAUGUCUCACCCCAUCCCAGGCUUAUCUCUCUUCCGAUCAGACUCCCUGAAUUAUGUUUUCUUGCCUUCUCCUCAUAGCGGGAGUAGUAGUUCAUAGAGAUACGCUAGUUAGUUAUUAGUCGUGUCAGCAUCAGGAAGCGCGGCGGUAACGCGAAAGGAUAAAUUAGGAUAUGGUAACUUCAAAGUUGAAAAACCUAAUACGAAAGAUCUUCAUCUGUGGAUCAUCAUCCAACUCUAAGAAAGAAGGGAUCGCAGGAAGAAUGUCGCCUCUGGGUGUUCAAUUAUUGAUUCAGGAUCGCCAUGUGGUGAUCGAUAAUGGCAUAGUUCAAAUCACUCUUUCAAAUCCUGAUGGCAUAGUUACCGGCAUAAGGUACAAUGGCCUGGACAACUUGCUGGAGGUUCUUAAUGAUGAAAGUAACAGAGGAUACUGGGAUGUUGUCUAUAAUACACCAGAUGGUGGGAAAGCAGGAGUAUUUGAAGUGAUUAAGGCAACAAGUUUUAAGGUAAUAGUGGAAACAGAAGAACAGGUAGAGGUGUCAUUCUCGAGACCAUGGGCUCCUUCCUUCCAAGGGAAGCUCUGUCCAAUUAACAUAGACAAAAGGUUUAUAGUGCUGCGUGGUUCGUCUGGCUUUUACUCGUAUGCUAUUUAUGAACACCUAAACUUACCAGAAUGGCCAGCUUUCAGCCUCGGUGAGACCAGGAUAGCUUUCAAGCUACGGAAAGACAAGUUUCACUACAUGGCUGUAUCAGACAAUAGGCGGAGAUUCAUGCCUUUGCCAGAUGACCGUUUACCAGGAAGAGGCCAGCCCCUGGCCUACCCUGAAGCAGUCCUACUUACAAAUCCUGUCGAGCCAGAACUUAAAGGAGAGGUAGAUGAUAAGUACCAGUAUUCCUGUGAAAACCAAGAUCUUCGAGUUCAUGGAUGGAUAUCCAUGGAUCCUCCUGUUGGUUUCUGGCAGAUCACACCUAGUAAUGAAUUUCGAUCAGGCGGUCCUCUCAAGCAAGAUCUUUCCUCCCAUGUUGGUCCCACUUGUCUUGCUAUAUUUCUGAGUUCUCAUUACGCAGGGGAUGACCUGGUACCAAAAUUCGGUCAGGGUGAACCAUGGAAAAAGGUUUUUGGUCCUGUGUUUAUCUACCUUAACAAUGCAAUGGAUAGGGAAGACCCACUUACCCCACUUUGGGAAGAUGCUAAAAAUCAGUUGGCAGUUGAAAUUGAAUGCUGGCCUUACAACUUUCCAGCAUCAGAUGAUUUCCCAUUUUCAGAUCAGAGGGGUAAUGUUACCGGUAGAUUUCUCGUAAAUGAAAGAUAUGUUGCCGAUGAUAACAUGGCAGCAAACGGUGCUUAUGUGGGAUUAGCACCUCCUGGAGAUGUUGGUUCAUGGCAAAGGGAAUGCAAGGGUUACCAAUUCUGGACACGAACAGAUGAAGAUGGCUAUUUCUCCAUUGACAAUAUACGUCCUGGCGAUUAUAAUAUAUAUGCAUGGGUCCCUGGAUUUAUUGGAGAUUAUAGGAAUGAAGAUGUCAUUACCAUAACUCCAGGUGGUUGUACUGAUUUGGGGGAUCUGGUUUACGAGCCCCCAAGAGAUGGACCUACAUUGUGGGAAAUUGGUAUUCCUGAUCGUAAAGCUGCUGAAUUCUAUGUACCUGAUCCUGAUCCAAAAUAUGUCAACAGACUGUUUAUUGAUCAUCCUGACAGGUUUAGGCAGUAUGGGUUAUGGGAAAGAUAUGCAGAGUUAUAUCCCGACAGAGAUGUAGUCUACACAGUUGGUGCCAGUGAUUAUAGUAAAGAUUGGUUCUUUGCUCAGGUCACAAGAAGGAAAAGUGAUGGAACAUAUCAAGGUACAACUUGGCAAAUCAAUUUCAAUCUGGAUAAAGUGGAUGAGAGUGGAACCUAUAAAUUACGUGUAGCAAUCGCCUCUGCGACUCUAGCCGAGUUACAGGUUCGGUUCAACGAUCCAAAUACAAAGAGGCCUCUAUUCUCGAGUGGUCUAAUAGGAAGAGACAAUUCAGUAGCGAGACAUGGGAUUCACGGGAUCUACUGGCUGUUCAACAUAGAGGUGCAAGGCUCUUUACUUGUGGAUGGGGAGAAUAAAUUGUUUUUGACACAAACAAGGGGACAGAGCCCUUGGCAGAAUCUCAUGUAUGAUUACAUUCGUCUUGAAGCUCCACCCGCGCCACCAAUCCUGGCUAGUGAUGCCCCAGAAUCUCAAGGGGACUAAAUUGUAAUUUCUUAUACACAAUAAAUAAAAGUUGGAUUAUAUAUAUAUAUACAUCAUCAUGCAUGCUAGUUAUCUCAAAUUAAUGUAAGUUUUAUUCAAAGUAUUCUGCUAUUCUUCUUCUUCAUGU